AUGAAAAACCCGUAUGUCGAUUGCUAUAUUCAACGUCACAUUCGUGCAAGGUUUCAGUCUAGCAUGCGUCUUCGGCGAUGGCAGAACUCUUUCCAAGCAAUCGAGGAGGCAUUGGUGUCGGGAGCAAACGGCAUGCUUCGCUGGGUGGACUGUCAACUGCACAGCAUUGAGCGUCUUGGGGACAAGACAAAACUCGCAUCCGUCUUGCAAGAUCUUCCUCGUGACCUGACCGAGUCGUACAUCAAAAUAUUCGAGGCCAUCCCCGAGGUCGACCAGCCGUUUAUAUAA